AUGAUUCGCUACCUUUUAUACUUCCUCAAUAUUUACUCGGUCUACGCCCACCCGGUUAACAUCGCCAUCGCGGCUCCCGUUAGCCUUCACGUCAGCCCCGCCGGUUCACUCGGGCUCUUAUGGAGCUCGAUCGGGCUUGCAGUUCUCACUUCUUUCAUGCAGGGCCUCGCCGUCACUGUGGUGACCAUAGCUGAGGAUCAAGACAUGUGGACUUUCCGUUUCCGCAUCGCGCGUUACGAACAUCUCUGGUGGACAGUCAUAUCCAGCUUGCUUUCCAUCUCAUUCAUCCUCAUUGUCGUCUCGUUCCUAUCCGGGAAUAACAGCGACUCCCUCGGCAUACUCGCACUCUCCACAACCACAUCCAUUGCCAUCGUUAGGUACACCAUCCCUGCAUGGCGGAACAAAUAUUUUGUACAGAGUCGCUGGCUGGCAUGGACAGGGAAAAGUCGCACGGCGAUUAAGGCAGUGUUUGGGAGCAUUGUCGGCAAUGCUGAUCGAUGGAACCGGAUUGCUUCCCUUGCACCUCCAAAUCACCUUAUCGCAACCCCCUCAGAUGAAUGGGGCUGGGCGAUCAAUCCGCCCUCAGGCAUAGGCGCGGAUCCAACCUCAUUAUUAACUUCAUCGCUCUUGGACGACGAAACCAAAAAUGAGGCGACUCUCGCGUCUUGUAUCUAUGACGAUGGAUAUCAUCAUCAUCUUGGCGGUACUGUAUCGCUUCUAUGGGGCCAGGACAUUGGCUUUCGCCCCCGCAUAUCCCGAGCAAUCAACAGUAUGCCUCGCACACUCAGCCACUCUAGGCCUUUCACGAACGCCGGAUACAAGGGCGAGGGAAUCUGCCUCGCGAUGGGUAUCCUGGGACGAAAUAAAGGUUUGCGACCUUUUCUGCUCGUCUUCGAUCAUCGGGACAGCAGAAAAAAGCAGCGAGGAAUUAAAUUCAAGUCGAAUAUCAGUACCACAACGCACCUCGAAAACACAUCCGUCUGGUCCCCACGUCCGAACAAAGUCAUGAGAUCGUACUACGAGAAGGCGGCCGUUGAGCAAUUUGGUGGUCUUGGUAACGACUUUGUUGGCGCAGCUGUUGAGCUCGCCGUGUUAUUACUCGAUUGUCCGCCAAAAGCUGCGAUGAGAUGGUUAUCAAGAAAUCUGGAGCAGCAGUCAUUGGAACUGAACAUCCUGAUGUCUGGUCGGGACCCUACUCACCUCGACGCCACAGCUAGCCCAGCCCAACUACAAACAUUGUACCGCGCGAGCUACACAUCCAUGAUUCUAUCCCUCAACUAUUUCCCAUCCAAUCCAGGCUACGGCGAUUUUGCUCGCCCCGACCUUAUCUGCUUCGCACUUCUCUGGCUGGCUGAUGGAGCUGUCGAAGAAGUCGAAAUCACUACUGACUCGGGUCAGAAGAAGGUUCACUAUUAUACUGGGAAAGGUGCAGAAGAACCGACGUGGUGGGAGCAGGACAUGGCUUUUGGGAUUGACUAA